AUUUUAUGCCUUGUAAUGUCGAGCUGCCGAACGAGCGUUGAGAUCGGUACAUGUUGAAAACCACAUUACUGUAAACGAAGUCAAUUUAAACGCAAAGGUUUUUCUAUAUAUUAUUUCGAAAAUCGUUAAUCUACACGUCUUCUAGACAUGCCACCCGUGGAGACUAUGGAAGUCGACAGUCCUGUAAUAGAGGUUGAAAUGGAGAUUACGAAGAAAGAAGUGAAGGAUGUUGAUACGACGACGACCGAAGAUAUCCGUGAACAACUAAAGCAAGUAGAGAAAUCAGUGAUAACAAAGGAGCCACGUUUUGUAUUCAGAGUGCUGAGAUCGUUGCCGAAUACUCGUCGCCGACUGAAUCCCACUGUAUUACGACGCAUCAUUCUUCACAGUUACAACUUUUCUGUAAAAGAAAGAGAUAACUUGCUGAAUCUAGUUGGAGGAGAUGACUCUCUUGAUAUUGCCUCUCCGGUUCAAAGAACAAGGCAUCCCAAGCAAGGCUCAUCAUCUCCUUUACCAGAAGUGGACGUAUACAUCCAUAUGUUAGUUCUUCUUCAUUGUAUCGAUAACAAGCGCAUGCAAGAAGGCAUGCUCUGCUCCGACCAGUUAAUGCAGAAAAUAAUAGCGCAGAAUCGGCGUACGUUGGAUUUGUUGGCCGCCCGUUGCUACUUCUAUCACUCAAGGACAUAUGAACUUGCUGGAAAGCUGGAUUCCAUUCGAAGCUUUUUGCAUAGCCGGCUACGAACAUGCACUCUCCGAAAAGAUUUUGAGGGCCAGGCAGUUUUGAUAAAUUGUUUGCUGCGCAACUAUCUCUUCUACAGUUUGUACGAUCAAGCUGACAAGUUGGUGUCAAAAUCCGUCUUUCCGGAAUCUGGAAGCAAUAAUGAAUGGUCUCGUUAUCUUUACUAUCUUGGAAGAAUUAAGGCUAUACAAUUGGAAUACUCUCAGGCUCACACGCAUCUUUUACAAGCCAUCCGGAAAGCCCCUCAGCAUACGGCAGUAGGAUUCAAACAAACAGUUCAAAAACUUUUGGUUACUGUCGAGCUGUUAAUGGGAGAUAUUCCUGAACGGCACGUAUUUCGCCAAUCAACCAUGCGGCAUGCCUUGGCUCCGUAUUUUCAAAUGACGCAGGCUGUGAGGCUAGGAGAUAUACACAGAUUCAAUCAAGUGCUGGAGAACUACGGAAAAACGUUUCAGGCUGAUCACACGUAUACGCUCAUAAUCCGUCUACGUCACAACGUUAUCAAGACGGCCAUUAGAGCUAUCUCUUUGUCAUAUUCACGGAUUUCUCUGGCAGACAUUGCCCAAAAACUUUUGUUAGAUUCUGCUGAAGAUGCAGAAUUUAUCGUCGCCAAAGCCAUUCGUGACGGAGUUAUCGAGGCUUGGUUAGAUCACGAUGGAAAAUUUAUGCAGAGCAAGGAAAGUAUUGAUGUCUACAGCACCAAGGAACCUCAGCUGGCUUUCCACCAGCGUAUCACCUUCUGCCUUCAGAUUCAUAAUCAGAGCGUUAAAGCUAUGCGCUUCCCUCCUAAGGCAUACAACAAAGAUUUGGAAUCAGCAGAGGAACGUCGCGAGCGGGAACAGCAAGAUUUGGAAUAUGCAAAGGAAAUGGCUGAAGAAGAUGACGAUGGUUUUCCGUGAGUUGUAGGUACCGAAUUCAGCGCGUAAAUGUGAGCCCUAUGUAAUCGUUCAAGUUAAGACCACUCUAAUAAAUCAACAAGGGAACUCAGGAAA